UUCAAACUUGAUUCUUUGCACACAAUGGCACCACUGCUUGCUGCUAUUUCUUCGAGCAUGACCACCUUUGCAUGUCGUGCAUGGCCACCUUUGCAUGGGAACUAAACUUAACAAAACUUGACUUAUGUCUUGAGCUUGAAGAAUUACCGAAGAAGAUUGAAAAAUUGGUGAAUCUUACCCAUAUUGGGUGUGAAGGUUGUAUUAGUUUAACUCAGAUGCCACGUGGAAUAGGAAACCUGAGUUCCCUUGAAACGUUAAGCAUGUUUGUAGUGGAUAAAUAUGGUUUCCAUGGCAGUGCAGAUCUAAGUGAAUUGAGUGCGCUUAACAACUUAAGGGGAGAGCUAACAAUAACAAAUUUGGGAUUCGUAAAAAAUUCAAAAGAGAUGUUUAGGGCUGCUAAUUUGAAAGAGAAGAAACAUUUGAGAUCGUUGGUUUUAGUAUGGAAUGAUGAUGAUGAUGAUGAUGAUGAUGAUGAUGAUGAUGAUGAUGAUGAUGAUGAUGAUGAUGACGACGACAAGUUACUUGAAGACCUCCGGCCCCAUCCUAAUCUCAAGGAGCUCCGUAUCGAUGGAUGGAAGGGUGAUGCCAAGUUUCCGAGUUGGCUUUCUUUGCUCACGAAUCUCGUUAAUAUUGAAAUAUGGGGCCCUAGUAAAUUCAAAUAUCUACCGUCCUUUGCUCAAUUACCUUGUCUUCAACAGUUGGAUAUAUUUUAUUUAACUGAGCUCGAGUACAUGGAUGAUAAUGGCCCCAAUGGAAGACAAGGAAACACAGAACCAUUCUUCCCGUUGCUUAAGGUUCUCAAAAUCUGGCGCUGCCCAAAUAUGAAGAGUUGGUGGAGGACAACAGAAGCAAUUGGUGAUGAUUCCAACGAGGACGACACAACAGUUAUAGGAACAUCAACCAUGGCAUUUCCUUGCCUUUCCUCUUUAGAAAUUGAAGAUUGCCCUUUGACUUCAAUGCCGUUGUAUCCUUCACUCGAUAAUGAGCUAAAGCUGGUGAAAACCAGUUCUAGGACGUUAAAGCAAACCCUUAAGAUGAACAUCACCAGUAUAACACCAUCAGGUUCAAUCUCUUCUCUUCCUCUCUCCAAAUUGAAAUCUUUCCAUGUAGACUACAUUGAGGGAUUGGACACUCACAUGCUAGAUAAGUCCUUGCAACAUUUCACCGGCCUCAAAAAAUUAACAAUAGGAGAUUGCAAGGAGGUUGAUUUCGAGGGCAUGAAAUGGGAACUCCUUAAGAAUCUCUCUCAUUUGGAGAUUAAUAAUAAUCCGCAGCUGGUGUCUCUCCCCUUUUGGCUUCAACAUCUUGUUCAAUUGAAAGGAUUAACAGUAGGAGAUUGCAAGGAGGUUGAUUUAGAGGGCAUGCAAUGGGAAGCCCUUAAGAAUCUCUCUCGUUUGGAGAUUAAGAAUAUUCCAAAGCUGGUGUCUCUCCCCAUUGGGCUUCAACAUCUUGUUCAAUUGGAAACAUUAGAAAUCCGUAAUUGCAGUGGAUUGAGGUCACUCUUUCCUGUGUUCCAACAUCUCACUUCCCUUGAAGAAUUACGAGUAAGUCACUGCGAGGAGCUGGAGCUAUCAGCAGCAGGCUUCCAAAUAUUCCAAGAUCAUACAAGCCUACGCUAUCUAAGGCUGGAAAAGAUUCCAAAGUGUCGGCAUCUUCCGGAGUGGCUUCAACAUCUAACAAAUCUGCGACGUCUUUAUCUCAUUGAUUUGCCCAAUUUAACAUCGCUUCCGGACGAGAUGCGUUGCCUAACCAAAUUGGAAAGGUUAGAUAUAUCUGAAGUUCCUCAGUUGGAGGAAAGAUGUCAGAAGGACGUUGGCGCUGAUUGGCAUAAGAUUGCUCACAUCCCACGCAUUUGUUGGGAAUAGGUUGUCAUCGGAAGGACCUUAUUUGCUCACAUCCGGGGAUUCGGUUGUAAUCAGAUCUUUAAAGGUACCCAAUAGACAUUGAUGUGGAGAGGCCUAUGAAGCUUGCACGCUGCCCUUCAAAAUGGUUGUACUAUAUGCUCUGUAAGCCAUUGGAGAGUAGUCUGGGGAAAGAUAUUUGUCAACUUCAAUAAUUUAUAUGCAUAAAAAGAGGUAGCCAAAGGACAUUGAUGUGGAGACGCCUAAGAAAAGCUUGCAUGCUACCCUUCAACACGAGCAUAGCAUACACUACAAGAAGCAGAGACCAUACUUUCUACUACGAUUACUUUAUCUGUCAAAAUAUUCCAACAAAACAAAAAUGAUGAUGAUGGUGAUGCCCUAUGUUUUGCCCUUUCGUAAAACUUGCACUGGAAAAUCACAAUGGCUUUGUGGUUAGCCACCAUUCUUGCACAUACUAUAAAGUUCUAUUUAGUAACUGUUCAUUGUUGCUAUAUAGAGAAAAUUGAUGGGCUAGAAAUCUAGAAUCCACCUUGGAGACCUUGAUAUCCUUAGCUCGCUAAGACACCCUGCCAUUACCUAAGUUCUUCCUUUCUUUCUUUGGAGGAUUGCAAUGUCUCAUCGCAUUGAGAUUCCAGAAGAAAUGCUUAUGUAAAUCUUGGUUGAUCCUGGAGGUUAUAUAUAUAGAUGAUUUGUUUUGUGGGUGAUGUGUGUACUUAAAGGAACACUUAGUGAGGGAAUAUUAUUUGAGCGCCACCUUCUGAAUGUUGAUUUUCACUUCCAUAACUAAAGUAAGUUGAAAGAGUGUUUACUUAAUUGUACAAAGGUGAGGUUGCACCAAGUUUGGAGGGUUGUGCAUAAAUCAUUUCUUUGUACUGUGAAGUUUAUAGUGAAUUCAUCUCUGGGCAAGGCCCCGCAGACGUAGGACAAGUUCCGAACUGCGUAAACAUC